ACGCGCUAAUCACGUUUCUGCGAGAAUUAAAUCACAGUACGCCACACUCGAACAACAUUACGCACAUACAUACAUACAUGCAUAGAACGUUAUAGGUAUGGUUAUAUAUGUGAUGCCUUAAAUUGCUCGAUUUGAAUAUCAGUUGGCCUCUCAGCGCUCAAUAGGCCAAAUGAGUUGUUAUAAACGUGUUUUGAGCUUGGCCCAAAGUGAGACACGGUUGAGUACGAAUGCCUGUACAUACACAUACACACAUACUCGUGUAGAACGACGUUUGUGCGCAACACCUGAGCCAUGUUAGCCAAAUAGUGUCUGGUUAGUUGUGUUACGAUCGAUGUUGGGCGCUGUUAUACUCUGAAAUGUUCGUCGGCAGUAGAAAGACUCGACUCGACUUGUUUUCAAUAAAUAAUAAAAUUGAUUUACAAUUAUAAUUACAAAGUUUUAAAUGUGAUAGAAUAUUUUAAAUAUAAAAUCAUAUACUGAAGUCGAGAUAAAAAUGCAUAGAAGACUAAACUAAACAUAUAGAAUAACUAUAAAAUAUUGAAGCCGUGUUAAAUUCUCUGCAAAUUAUCCCCGACAAAUAGAGAAACAUAUCAAAGUACAUCAUAUUCUGUCUAAAUACUCAUAACAGUACCGCAUUGAUCGCCGAACGACUUAACGGCUUUUGAAUUAGAAAGUAAUGCAACUAUAACGGACACAAAAUGCCGCGAAAACUAUUGAAAUUCCUCAUAAUCUUCGAUAAUACAUCGCUCUUAUAUUUCCCGGGCCAAUUUCUAUCUGGUCGCGUACUGAUCGAACUACAAGAUGACACACCCGCUUUGGGACUGCACUUCCAUGUGGUCGGCGAAGGUGUAGUACGCGCCGGUACAGCACGACAGGAGCGUACUUAUGACAAAGAAAACUAUAUUGAUUUUCGUAUGCGUCUUUUGGGCGAUGUAGAUCAAGGACCCUCAGUGCUGUCGCCUGGCAUACACAGUUUUCCAUUUAAAUUGGGUCUUCCCGUGGGAUUGCCAUCUACGUUUUUAGGACGUUACGGUUGGAUACAAUACUAUUGCAAGGCGGCAUUGCGUGAACCGAAUGGACUGAUACACAAAAAUCAUCAAGUAUUCAUUGUGAUGAAUCCGAUCGAUCUAAAUUUGGAGCGACCCAUACUAUCGCAACCAUUUACUUGCGAGAUCGAGCACAAACUUGGUGUGGCCUGUGUGGGCGGCGGCAAAGUUGUCGCUCGAGUGGCACUCGAUCGCGGCGGUUAUGUGCCGGGGGAGAGCAUAUUGAUUACUGCAUACAUAUCGAAUCACAGUAAUGUGACGAUUAAAAAGACAAAGGCCUCGCUAACAGAGACCAUUGAGUAUUUGGCACGCGGUAAAGUGGUGCAAACGGAGAAACGCGCGUUGGCCGCUUUGGCGCGCGGCAAAAUUCGUCCCGGCGGUAAGGAUGAAUGGCAAAACGAUAGUCUGUACGUACCACCGUUGCCGCCGACAAAUUUACAUGGCUGCCAUUUGAUAAAAAUCUCCUAUGAUGUAUUCUUCGUAAUCGAACCGAAAUCUUUGGAGAAAGAAAUCAAGCUACAGUUACCCAUAGUGUUAGCGACAUACCCGUUUCGCAAUAACAGUAAUGAUGUCUCGAAUACUUGGCCAGAUUCUGUGCUGAAACCGGAUACACACUACCCUUCAACAUUACCAAUUUUUCGUCCAUGGUUGCAUGAGAAACCCGAACCCAAUUGAGUGUGAGAUCAAGAAUUUAUGGAAAACAAGCGACCAGUGAUUACGUUAAAAGAAAAUCAUAUAAAAAAAAUAGUGAAGUAAAAUACUUUAAUGUGUGAUUUACACCUUAUUUGUUGUUACUGACUUGCAAUUACACUAAGUUGUUUAAUAUUUACUCCAACUUGUUAUGUGCCUAAAUAAAAUUACUAUUAUAUUAUUUGCGCGAACAAUUGUAUAUAAAAUUAAAAAUUUUUAACUUAUAACUUGAUAAUUUAACACAUUUUAAUUUGAUUUUUUUGAUGCGAAAUUUUUCAAAUGUACUUCGAAGCAAAGCUUUUGAUUCAUUAAUCUAUUUGAUUUCACAUUUAGAUUUAUAUAAAUAAAAACACUCACAUAGUUUCUUUUUUUCUUAAUUUCGUGCAUAUAUUUCCCUUUGAUACUAUAAAUAAGCUUAUUUUGGAUGUGAGUCUCGAAGAUUACGUUGAAAGCCAUAAUAAUUUAGCUUCUACACAUACAUAUUUACUGUAUUGUAUUGUACUUAUUUGAA